CUCUGUCAGUGUAGUGCUGAGUCCUGCCUCCUGCUGCUCUGGGUCUGAAUUCCCAGAGACCAUGAAUGACAUAAUAUGCUAACAUGACAGACAUGGAAACCUCCCUUUCAGAGAUACAGGGGCUGAAGGGGAAGCUGUGAGAGAAUCCUCUCCCUAGGGUAAAGUCAAAUGUCAGAAAUCUUAGGAUUUUCAACAAAGUUCUCCUUCCUACACAGUCAGCUCUCCGUGAAAGGACCCCAGGCUACAUCCAUGUCCCUGACCAGCCCUUGCCCUAUUUUCAUACAGAGACAAACACAAACCGAGAGGCAGAAGAUUGUGUCUGAAUUUCAGCAACUGUGGCAGUUCCUGAAGGAACAAGAGCGACUCCUGCUGGCCCAGCUGGGGAAGCUGGAUGAGGAGAUUGUGAGGAUCCAGAAUGAAAAUGUCAGUAAACUCUCCGAGCGGAUUUCCCAUCUCACUGAGCUGAUCAGUGAGCUGGAGGGGAAGUGUCAGAAGCCAGCGAGUGAAUUCCUGCAGGAUGUUAGAAGCACCUUGAGCAGGUGUGAGAAGAGGAAGUUGCAGCAGCCAGAGAAGAUUUCUCCUGAACUGGAAGAGCGAGUCAGUGGUUUCUCCCAGAAAACUAUUGCUCUACUGGAGGCUCUGAGGAAGUUCAAAGACACUCUGCCGUCUGCACUGGAGAGAAAAAGAGGGGAACCACUCAGAGCACACAGACAGGCGAAUGUGACUCUGGAUCCAGACACGGCUCAUCCCAACCUCGUCCUGUCUGAGGAUCGGAAAAGUGUGAGAUGGGGAGACACACGGCAGCGACUGCCCAAGAACCCUGAGAGAUUUGAUACUUGUGGUUGUGUGCUGGGCUUGACCAUGUUCACAGAGACUGAACAUGUUCAGUAA